AUGCCCACCCUCCGCUCCCUCCUCCUCCUCGCCCUCCCCAUCACCACCCUCUGCGCACCGCACCACCAACCCGACCGCGAAGAAGACGACCUCUCCCUCGACGAAAUCGUCAACCUGCUGCCCAAAGAAUCCCUCGACUCGGCCCUCCACAACAACCUCGCGCCCAAAUACCGCGACGGCGUCUUCGAGCACGGCAAGAAGGCCAUCGAGGCCGUGUCGCAGCAUGAUCCCGAGUUGGCGACAAGACUGGUGGAUGCCGCGCUGCAUGAGCAGAUUGAACGGAGGGAUUUGAGGAAGAGGCAGAAUUCGAAUGGGACGGAGAGUACGACACAGGAUUCCGGGUCGGAGACUACGACGAGGGAUUCGGGUGAGGAUACCACGACGCAGGAGCCUUCUGAGAGUACGACGGUGGUGGAGAGUUCGGAGCCGACGACUGAGCCGACGACGAGGGAGCCGACGACGGUGGUGGUUACGACAAGCAGUGAGGUUGUGGCGCCGAGUACGACGAGGGAUGUGGUCAUUACUACUACGGAAAGCAGUACUGUUGCAGUGACCUCAGACAACGGUGGUGGCGCGACAAGUACUCCUGACAGUGGAAGCCAAACUACCAGCGACAAUAAUGACAAUGGCAGCGGCACUACAAGCAAUGAUAAUAAUGGCAGCGGCAGUGCUACGACGAGCAACGACAACAAUGGCGGCGGCUCGACAGCAGACAGUGGGAACAACAAUAAUAAUGGCGGCGGCGGCUCGACAGCAGACAGCGGGAAUAAUAACAACAACGGCGGCGGCUCGACGGCAGAUAGCGGGAACAACAAUAAUAAUGGCGGCGGCUCAACAGCAGACAGCGGGAAUAAUAACAACAACAACAACGGCGGCGGAAGCUCUGAAACGCAGACCGGCGUCAUCAUCCCCAUCACCCAAACCACCACCGACGACUCCGGCGACACGAUAACGCGAACGACUUCCGCCUUCCAAGGCUCCGCGCCAACGAGCACCGUCAUCCCCGUCACCACCACAAACGCGCAGGGCAACGAAGUCACGACUUCCACCACUGUCCCAGCCGCUCUCGUCACAACAACAAACGGCCGCGGCGAAACCAUCACCUCCGCCUCGCCUCUCCAAACCGUAGCAGUCGCCCACGGCACCAUCGUCGGCGGCAGCAAUGGAAAUAACAACGGAAACGGCAAUGGAAAUGGCGGAGGAGACGACGACUCCGACACCGAUUCCUACACCACGACCGACCAAUUCGGCAACUCCGUCGUCCUCUCCGGCACCCGCGGCGGCCAAGUCGUCACCACCACCGACUCCCGCGGCCGCACGGUGGUAAUGACCUACCACCCGGGCGGCGGCGCGGUGAGCCGUCUGAUUGUGAAAACCACCAAUCUCCCCGGCGGCGGCCGCUCGACUAUCACCUCUUUCGCCGCUGUGGGCGCGCCGACGCAAGGCUCGGACAACGAAUCCGAGAAGACGGGGAAUAAGGGCUUGCAGAGCGGGGCGUCGCAUUCGACGAACGGGCGGUGGAUAGGGGAGGUUGCGGCGUUGGUUGGUGGGGCGGUGGGAGUUGCUGCUGUUUUACUCUGA